UUGCAAGGAACCUUUUUAUCAAAAUUCAAUGGCGGCGAAGGGAGAUUAUAAGAAGUUUUGUUGGGAGAUAAAUAAUUUCUCCUCUUUGAAAACUGAUGAGAGGUGUUACUCUGUUCCUGUCGUGAUCGGUGACUUGAAAUGGUGUCUUUUUGCCUUAGUUAGGGGAUGUAGAGCAGACUACUUGUCUAUUAAUCUAGAAGUUGCUCAUUGUCAACCAUUGCCUUCUGGAUGGAGAAGAUACGUCAAAUUUAGCAUAACUGUAGUAAAUCAGCGUUCGAAACAACUCUCUGUCCAAAAAGAAACGCAGCGUUGGUUUGAGCAGGAUGCUACUGGAUGGAGUUUUGCAGAAAUGCUUCCGCUUACCAAACUUAAUGCCAAAGAUAGUGGCUUUUUGGUAGAUGGACGAGUCAUGAUUGCUGCUGAGGUAGAAGUUCUUGAAGUUAUUGGCACAUUAGAUGAAUCAGAGGAAUCUGUACUGUCUAAUGAUUUAGUCAACAAGACUCAAGACGUAGUGACUCAAGAAGUGAAGCAAAGCAUUGAUGUUAAUGGGUUUCAAGUUCUUCCUUCGCAGGUAGAAUCUGUGAGACGUAUAUUUGAAAAACACCCAGACAUUGCAGUAGGAUUCCAAGUAAAGAACCAACAUCUGAGGAAAACAUUCAUGAAUUUCCUGGUUAACGUAAUCGAGACGCUGUGCCAAUCUCUUGAGGAGCUCUCCAAUGAAGAUCUUGUGGAAGUAGACAUUGCACUGACAUACUUGAAAGAUGCGGGGUUUAAAGUGGAUUGGUUGGAGAAGAAGCUGGACCAAGUUAAAGAAAAGAAGGAGAAAGAACAGUCUGGUUUGGUCAUACUCCAAGGAAUAGAGAAACAGCUUCAUGACUUGAUGCACAAGUGCGAGACGAAGAAGUCAGAGGUUUUGUCCAUUGGAGCUCCUUUAAAGUUCGAUGAUGUUGUUUGAUCACUUCUCUGUUCAUGAUUUUUAUUUCCAUAAACCGGUAU